AUGAGACGAUUGCUUCUCACCUGCUUCGCGCUGCCGGCGUUGCCUUUCGUGCAGCUUUCAACCUCGUGUUUGGGUCGUCGGUUUGCCCAGAGAAGAUGGGCACUCUCAGUAGACUUGGAGAGAUCGGAGAUGUGGGAUAUUCAUCUGGACAAGCCUGGACAUAUACCUCAAAAGGUUCUUGACCAGGCAGCAGAGGCCAUAAGGACUGGCGGCUUUGCCUUGGUUCGUGGGCCUUGCUUCAGCGACGCCGGGCUCGCGCGGGCACAAGCGCUCGCGGAGGAGGAGUUGUCGAAAGUGAAAAGUCAAGCUGAGCAGCUGGGACUUGCAUCGCUGGCUCCGUGGGCGCGUCCCAAGCCCAGUCUGGGUGCUGGAAACCUCUUCCGCUUUCAGGAAGGGGCUUCCUUCUCUAGUGGCCGCCUGGACAUGCCCUUGAAGUCUGGGACUGGAGCUUUGGCCUCGAGAGAGGAUCUUAAAGAGCUUUGUGAAAAGCUGUUCAGAGCUCCAUGUGUGCACAGCGGCCGUGGAGCUUUCUGGAACUUUCCCAAUUCUGGGCCGGAGCAUUGGCACCGUGAUGGGCAGUUGCCCUUGCUGACUGCUGUGACUGUGGCCAAAGGCUACCCCAAGAAUGCAGGCUUUCUACGACUUCAGCCAUUUACUCACCACGGGGCCAUCGAUGAGGAUGCUGACUCCCACCGGGAGCCGAAGGUGCGAGCUGAGGUGCACGCUGGGGAGAGCGAACGAGUGGCGGCAAUACUGCAACCAGGUGACUUGCUUUUAUUCCUCUACUCCACCAAGCACGCGGCAGUUCCAAAUCUCUCCGACCAGGAUCGUUGCCUUUUGUAUUCUGUGUAUGGCCCGGAGAAUGUGCAAGAUGAGAUCAAUUGCUGCGAUGGAAGGCCUUCGCUGAAGACCUACAGCAAAGCAGAAGCAGAGAUUUUGCUCAUGAUGGCCAAUGCAUUGCAGUGA